AUGGAAUCAGAUUCGCGGUGUUUUGGUGCGAAGCGAAGCCAACCUGACCGCGUCACACCGCAGUGCUGGACAAAAAGACCCGUUUUAAGGAACAGCGUACGCUUCCUCUUAAAAAGUGAAGCAAAAAAGAAGCUGGCGGUGACGUCCCCACGAGCGAUGCCUCUUGGCCGGAAUGACUUCACGCCACCCGAGCCUUGUGCAGACCGCGACGUCAUGCCACUCGCAGUCAAUCUUAAAGCAACUCAAACUAAAGGCUUAAUCUUAUUACAUUUCAAGGUCACGGAUAGAGACAUAUGGCGGGCCCUGCUGCUAGGUCAGGUGGCCUCGCUCCUGCUGUGUGUCACGGGCGCCUGCUGCCACCUGCUGAACAAGACAUACCACCUUCAGCUGCCAGCAGCCGUGAGCUUCAUCAACUACGUGCUGCUGUGCCUGGUCUACACGACGUGGCUGGCGUGCCGUUCGGGCGAGGGGUCCCUCCUGCGGGUGGUGCGCACCAAGGGCCUCAAGUACUUCGUCCUCGCCGCCGUCGACGUCGAAGCUAACUACCUGGUGCUCAAGGCCUACCAGUUCACGUCCGUCACGUCUGUGCAGUUACUGGACUGCUUCGUGGUGCCCGUGGUGCUCGCCCUCAGCUGGCUCUUCCUCAAGGUCCGCUACAAGCUGGUCCAUGUGCUCGGGGUCGGCCUCUGCCUUCUGGGGGUCGGCUGCCUCGUGUGGGCCAACGUGGAGGACGGCAAGGCGGCCAUCCCUGGUGCUGAGCGACUGCUGGGCGACAUGCUGUGCCUGGGCGGAGCCACGCUGUACGGCAUCAGCAACGUGGCCCAGGAGUACGUGGUCAAGACCUACGACAGCGUGGAGUUCCUGGGCAUGAUGGGCCUCUUCGGCUCGCUCAUCAACGGCAUUCAGCUUGCCAUCCUCGAGCGCAACGACGUGGGCUCCGUGCGCUGGGACACCUGGCCCGUGCUGGCACUGGUGGGGGGCUUCAGUGCCGCUCAGUUCCUCUUCUACGUAGUGGCACCAGCCGUCAUCCGGGUCACCUCGGCCACGGCUCUCAACCUGGCACUGUUCACGGCUGAUUUUUACAUCCUCAUCACCGGCAUCGCACUCUUCAAGUUCAAGUUCCAUCCACUGUACUUCCUGUCCUAUAUCCUGGUCGUGACAGGUGUUAUAGUGUUUGUCAUUAAACCCACACCAAUCGCUUCAACUAGUAGAGGCUACUACAGCAGCGGCAACGAGGUGGAGCUAACCACUACCCCCGGAACGACCACCAGCAGCAUGGGGGGUGGGGCGUCUUUCACAGACUGGCCCCCCCUCCCUCCCGAGGUCAGGGGCUGCCCGGACUACCCCUACCCCCACUCACACUCAACGGAAUUCAGGCCAGGAGAGUACCCCAGCACCCCUCCCUCACCCCCGCAGCAGUUCCGGUCCCUGCCACGCCCUGCCCGACGCGAGCCAUACCCAGCAGGUAGUAGUGCCGGUGGACAGAGAUCGGCAACUCUCCACCGCCCAGCGCGGCUCUAUAGAGCCAACGGUGCCUCAUCCUCUUCCCACGAGCUGGGAGAUGUGAGAUCACCUCAAUGGAAGCUAUACUGCACUGAUGUCUUCAUCACUGAGUAUCGUGUUGUCUUUGAAGAAUCUAAGGAGUUUGUGGAGGUUAAAGUGAAACCAUGA